AUUGAGAUGCCAAACAUGCCAACACCCCUCAGCAACGCACACAACCCACCAUAGCAAUUUCGAUCUCAUGGAGACGGCACCACCAAUAAUGCUCGCCACACUGCUGCUGCUGACCACGGCCACUGCCGUUGGCCUUGCGUCGGACAUGGCGGCAGUGCCCAGGGGACAGGCCAUAGCGCUCCUGGCCUGGAAAGCCAGCCUUGACAUUCACAGCCAGCAUGCCCUGCGGUCCUGGGACAACAUGUCGACACCCUCAGCUGGCGCGGCAUCAGCUGCGGCAUGCACUCGCGCGGGCGCCCACCGGUGAUCAGUGGCAUCUCCCUGCAGGGGAUGCGGCUGAGAGGGGCAUUGGAGUCCCUUAACUUCUCGUCUUUGAGGACCUUGACACACCUCGACCUCUCCCACAACCGCCUUGCUGGGAGUAUUCCUCCCGGUAUCAAGGCCCUCGGAGAGCUCCAGGCUCUUCUUCUACAAGGCAACCAGAUAAGAGGCUCAAUCCCACUAGGUCUAGGAAAUCUCACAAAAUUGUGUGUCUUAAUGCUUCAUGAAAAUGAAGUCUCCGGUGAAAUACCAAUGCAUAUAGGCAAUAUGAGUAAUCUUGAGACGCUCAACUUGUCAAUCAAUCACUUAGUUGGUCAUAUCCCUUCUGAAGUAGGCCACCUAAAGCACUUGGUUAGGCUAUAUUUGUCUAACAAUAAUCUUUCGGGCUCGAUCCCAAGCAGUGUACAUGACUUGACCAAACUCACUGCCUUAUACCUUUACCGCAACCAACUUUCUGGACACAUCCGUCAAAAACUUGGUCAUUUGGUCAACUUAGAGGACCUGGAACUUAGCUACAACAAGCUGAUCAGGUUCCAACCCAAACAGUUUAGGAAAUUUGACAAAACUCACUACCUUGUACCUUGACGUGAACCAACUUUCAGGGCAAAUUCCAGAAGGACUAGGUUGGUUGUUGCAGUUGGAGAUCUUAGAUCUCGAUAGCAACAUGCUAACAUGUUCCAUCCCAAACAGCCUAGGCAAUUUAACAAAGCUCACUAUGUUGUAUCUUUACAAUAACCAACUUUCUCGCCAUAUUCCUCAAUAACUAGGUUAUUUGGUAAAAUUAGAGUACUUGGCACUAACAGGUUCCAUCCCAAACAGCCUAGGAAAUCUAACAAAACUCGCUAGCUUGUACCUUCCUCAUAACCAAAUUUCUGGCCACAUUGCCCAGAAUUAGGUCAUUUGGUCAACUUAGAGUACUUGGAGCUUAGCAACAACACAAUAAAAGGUUCCAUCCCAGUUUGCCUAAGUAAUCUGACAAAACUCACGACCUUGUACCUUUACAGUAACCAACUUUCUGGGGAAAUUCCACGAGAACUAGGUUUUGUGUUCAAGUUAAAAGAGCUGGUUCUUCAUGUAAACACACUUUCAGGUUACAUCCCAAACACAUUAGGAAAUUUGACGAAACUCACUAUAUUGUAUCUUCACAUGAACCAACUUUCCGGACCCAUUCCUCAAGAAAUUGGCAAGUUAAUGAGUCUAGUUCAUUUGGGCUUUGCUUUCAACAACCUCUCUGGUGCCCUACCAUCUGGUAUUUGUGCGGGAGGUCGGCUACAAUACUUUAACGCUGCUAGCAACAACUUGAUUGGACCCUUGCCAUCAAGCUUACUAAGUUGCACAAGCCUAGUCAGGGCUCGAGUUGAAAGAAAUAACCUUGAGGGAGAUAUCACCGAGAUGGGGGCUCAUCCAAAUCUUGUCUAUAUUGAUAUCAGUUCAAAUAAACUAUUUGGUAAAUUAUCUCAUCGUUGGGGUGAUUGCUACAAGCUUACCAUGCUACGUGCGUCAAACAACAAUAUAACUGGAAUGAUACCAUCAAGCAUAGGGAAAUUAUCUCGGUUGGGGAUACUUGAUGUUUCAUCAAACAAGCUUGAAGGACACAUUCCACCAGAAAUUAGCAAUGCAAUGAUGUUGUUCAAUUUAAGUCUUUCUAGUAACUUGCUCCAAGGAAAUAUACCACAAGAAAUUGGAUUACUGAACAAUUUGGAGUAUCUAGAUUUAUCAUCAAACAAGCUAGUUGGGCAGAUACCAGGAUCAAUUGAGCAUUGUUUGAAGCUUCACUUUCUAAAGUUGAGCCAUAAUCACCUCAAUGGUGUUAUUCCUAUCGAGCUAGGGAUGUUGGUAAACCUGCAAGAUUUGUUGGAUCUAAGUGACAAUUCAAUUGAUGGUGCUAUUCCAAGUCUUCUAGGUGGUCUUAGUGCGCUUGAAGCCUUGAAUCCCUCUCACAACGCACUGAGCGGUAACAUUCCACCAUCACUACAGAGCAUGACCAGUCUCAUAUCCAUGGAUGUGUCAUAUAACAGAUUAGAAGGGUCGGUGCCGCAUACCAGGUUCUUUGAAGAAGCUCCAGUCAAAUGGUUCACGCAUAAUAAGAAAUUGUGUGGUGUUGUGGAAGGUUUGCCCCCUUGUGAUCUUCCUGCAAGUAGUGAACAUGAUAGGAAGUCUAGAGCUAUUUUACUUGCUAUUAUACUUGUUAUAUCUCUUGCGUUUGUCACUGCACUAGUCACAUGGCAAUGCAAAAAUAAGAAACCCAAGGAAGAAACUGCAACUGAAGUACAACAAUACAAGAUGUUCACCAUCUGGAACUUUGAUGGGGAAGAUGUGUACCAGAAAAUUGUUGAUGCCACAAACAAUUUCAACAAUGUUCAUUGCAUAGGAUCUGGAGGGAAUGGAUCUGUCUAUAGACCUCAGUUACCAACAGGUGAAUUGUUUGCAGUAAAAAAGAUCCAUAUGAUGGAAGCUGAUGAGCAAUUUAACCGUGAAAUACAAGCGUUAAUGCAUAUUCGACAUCCCAACAUUGCAAAGUUAUGUGGUUACUGCUCGGCAUAUCAGGGAAGAUUUCUUGUUUAUGAAUACAUGGAUAGAGGAAGCUUAGCAGAAUCUUUGAAGGGAAAGGAAACUGCAAUUGAAUUGGAUUGGAGGAGGUUAAAUAUUGUUUGUGAUGUGGCUCAUGCUUUGUCUUACCUGCAUCAUGAAUGCUUCGCGCCAAUAGUCCAUAGAGAUAUAACAAGCGGCAACGUUUUACUUGACCUGGAAUUUAAGGCAUGCCUCUCAGAUUUUGGUAUAGCAAAAAUACUUGAUGUGGAUGCAUCAAACUGCACAAGUCUUGCCGGGACAAAAGGAUAUCUUGCCCCAGAGCUUGCAUACACAACCAGGGUGACAGAGAAGUGCGAUGUUUAUAGCUUUGGCGUGCUCGUUCUAGAGUUGUUCAUGGGACAUCAUCCAGGCGAUUUCCUUUCGUCCAUGGACAACUACAACAAGAGUACACUACUUGAGAAUUUGCUGGACACCCGGCUCCCACACCCUGAAGCGGAGAUCGCAAGUGAGAUAUUUCAAGUUGUCGCCAUUGUUGUUCGGUGCAUAGAGCCUGAUCCAUCACGUCGUCCGACGAUGCAGCAAGUAAUCAAGGUGCUCUCAACAGUUGAACGAUCACCUGCUCAUAAUCUUGAUUAUCUCCACACCGGCAUUGUCAUCCCCGCCUGCUGGUCCUGAAUGUUCGUUUAGUUAGCAAGCUGUUGUUUCUUCCUUAUGAUUAUACAUACAGACUGUCCAUAUGGUAGUUUGUUUUCUGUAUUACGUUCAUGCCCUGUACUAGUGGCUGGUUGUCAAUUUGCGACAUAUAAAUAAAUAUUUGUGUAGCAGACAGAGCUCCUGCUAUUUCUUCAAAACAUUGACAAAUAGUCCUUUUUGCAUCCUCUGUCAAACGUCUCCUUUUGGGGCCUUGUGGCCAUUGCAAGAUGCUCAAGCCUUUAGCUGUUACCCUGUCACUUGGGGCUGCAGCAUUUCAAGAUCCUCCGGCUGCUUUUUUAACAAGAAUAUGAUGGGUACAAUGAAGCAUUUCAGGUGGUUUUGGGAGGAACAAAA